AUGGAGCGUGUCGUGCUGCUGGUGCUGUGUGUCGCCCCUCUGGGUCGGUGCUACAGCUCCGGUGGAGUAACGGAGAGCUGCGAGGGCAUGCGGCCCCAGCACUCUGGGCUGAGCCCGCAGACGGCACCGCCGCCCUUCACCGUCACAACCGACCAUGUCAGCUACAGACCUGGAGACCAGGUGAAAGUUGAGAUCCGGGCUCCAGCCUCCACACCGUUCAUUGGUUUCCUGUUACAGGCCCGAGAGGUGGGGGGUCGGGCCCCUGUGGGCUCCUUCGCUCUGACAACAGGGGGCGCUCAGCUCCUCGCCUGCAGCCAGAGGCCUUUGACUUGGAGAUCAGAAGCAUCAGAAGUCAUGAAGCCGAUUCAGUUCCAUGCGUCCUUUGUGCAGAACUUCAGGACCUUCUGGGUCGAUGUCACGAGCCCCUCCAUGAACUCCACUCAUAACUACAGUGGAGGAUCUACACCCCCUCCCACGCCUCAGACAACCACAACCUAUCGACCUGCACCACCUGUUGGGAGCAUCACCAGUGCAGCCUGCGGCGUCACCAAGCUGUGUUUCAGUCAGCCGGCCAGCUGUGACCCUGCAGCCAACAGUAAAUGUUACUUCAUGUCAGCCGUGGCGUUGUCACCAACCGCUGCAGCCGUCCGCUACGAGAUGACAGGUCCGUCUGAUGGAUACGUCUCUUUUGGAUUUUCAGAUGAUCAGAUGAUGGGAAGCGAUGACAUCUAUAUUUGUGGCGUUGGCGGUGACGGAGCGGUGCGACUGCAGCGUUCUUUCUCAACGGGACGGACGACUCCACGAGCGAUUCCUCUGGGUAAUGUGUCCGACGUGAGAGCGUCGUUGCUGGAUGGGGUGAUCAGCUGUUCCUUCACCUCCAGGAACAUCGUCUCUACUCAGAGGACCACUGGCUUCAACAACACCUACUACCUCCUGUUUGCCCAUGGACCCAACAGCAAUGGACAAAUCCAGUUCCAUACAGGUACCUUCAUCAGCUCUGACAAAGUAGACGUCUCCAGACCCCGGAUCGUCAGCAAAGCCGGUUGGCCUCAUAUCAUCAAAGCGCACGGGGCACUGAUGCUGACAGCCUGGAUGACACUUGGAUCACUGGGAAUGAUGGUGGCCCGAUAUCUGAAGAGGUUGACCAAAAGACAGAAACUGUGUGGCAAAGACGUCUGGUUUCUGGUCCACGUUGCGGUGAUGAGUGUGGCAAUAGCAGCCACAGCCAUCGCCUUCAUCCUCUCCUUCUCGUACGCCAAAGCCUGGUCUGGGGGAGCCCAUCCUGUGUUGGGCUGCCUGGUUCUGAUUCUCUCAUUCCUCCAGCUCUUGCUGGCUGUGUUGCGUUGUGGACCUCAACAUCCCCGACGGUUCCUGUUCAACUGGUUUCACGCUUUAAACGGAAUGUGUAUAAAAGUUUUAGCUGUUGCAGCCAUAUUCACAGGCCUGCAGCUGAUUGACAGCAGUCUGGACAAAUGGUUGAUGAGAGUGAUGGGGGGUCUGGUUGGCUGGGACGCGCUGGGCUUCAUUCUGUUGGAAGUGCUCUUAAAGUGGAGGUUGAACAGCGCAGAUGUUUUGGGAUCUAAAUUGACAACAGUUGAUGUUGUUUUGGUGGUUCUGUUCUUCCUGGGAAAUUUGACCUUUUUGGUGACGCUGCUGGUUGGAAUCGGAAAGGCAUAAUGACAACAACAACAACAACAACAACCACUACCUGAGCAUUU